AUGCGCCUAUUCGAUCAAGCUGUAUUGCUAUCUCAGAGCAUUACCCAGUUCCUCACUUAUUCAGCUACAGAAUGUACUCUACCCGUUCCAUUCAGCAAUGUAACGGGGACAUGUAUAUUGAUUAAUGACUGCCUGGGCUUCAAGACACCUGGCUUCUGUCCUGGUGCUUCGGAUAUCCAAUGUUGUACAGACACUUUCGCCCCUAAAUCCGGGCCCUCCAUCGGUGACAUAAGUAAUCUCGGGCUCCAGCUUGUUCAAAGCUUCGAAGGAUGGAAACCGGACUUCUACUGUGAUGUUAGCGGUAAACCGCCAUCCAGCCCGCGACACUGUGGAUUGGGUGAGGGAAUUCUAACAAUUGGCUGGGGCCAUGCCUGCAUCCCGGAAUCGUCUUGUAACUCAAUCAGCCCUCCGCUGUCGAGGGCCGACGGAGAAGACCUUCUCCGGGAUGAUUUGCAGAUAAAAGAAACUUGUGUUGAUUCCCGCGUCGAUGUUGAAAAUCAGUUUGACGCUCUUGUCUCCUUCGCAUACAAUACGGGCUGUAACAGCCUCCAAAAUGUCACAUCGAAAAUCAAUGUGGGUGAUUUUGAUGGUGCUACUAGUAAAAUGAAGGAGUAUAUUAAGGGCGGAGGCGUUGUGAUCCCAGCUUUGGUGAAGAGGAGAGCCAUUGAAGUUAAUCUGUUCAACUCCUGA